AUGACAUGGCGUCCUCAGUACCGCAGCUCUAAGUUCCGUCAUGUUUUUGGUAAAGCUGCCACUAAGGAGAACUGCUAUGAUGGAGUGCCAAUCACACUCAGCGUCCAUGACAACCUGCUCUGCUCCGUUAACCCCCGCUUCAUCGCUGUCAUCACAGAGUGUGCAGGGGGCGGAGCCUUCCUCGUCCUCUCCAUCAAUCAUACAGGAAAAGUUGACCCUCAUCACCCAAAGGUUUCUGGCCACAGAGGGAAUGUGCUGGACAUCAAAUGGAACCCGUUCGAUGAUUUCUGCAUCGCUUCAUGUUCAGAGGACGCUACGGUAAAAGUCUGGGAUAUCCCUCAGCAUGGUGUGAUGAAGAACAUCACAGUUCCCUGGAAGGAGCUGCAGGGUCACUCCCGCAGGGUGGGGCUCAUAGAGUGGCACCCGACAGCCAGCAACGUACUGUUCAGCACUGGAUACGAUUACCAGGUGAUGGUGUGGAACCUAAACUGUCCUGAACCUGUGGUGAAGAACCCUGUGCGGACAAUCAGUGUCCACUCUGACGUGGUUCUGUCUAUGUCCUUCAACAUGGACGGCAGUCGUCUUGCUACAUCCUGCAAGGACAAGAAGAUUCGUAUCAUCGACCCUCGCGCAGGGACACUCCUGCGGGAGACGAAUUACAAGACCCAUAAAGCGAGUAAAGUUCUGUUUUUGGGAAACCUUAAGAUGCUGCUGUCCACGGGGACAUCCUGCUGGAACCACCGGCAGAUUGCACUCUGGGAUCAGGAGGACCUCUCUGAGCCGUCGUUUCAGGAGGAUCUGGAUGGGUCCUCCGGCGUUUUGUUCCCCUUCUACGACCCUGACACACACAUGCUUUAUAUAGCAGGAAAAGGAGAUGGUAAUAUCAGGUACUAUGAAAUCAGCUCCGAGAAGCCAUACGUGCACUUUCUGACCGAAUAUCGAUCUAUACUUCCUCAGAAGGGAAUGGGUGUCAUGCCAAAGCGAGGUCUGGAUGUGUGUUCCUGUGAAGUUUUCAGGUUUUAUAGACUGGUGACCAUCAAAAGCCUCAUUGAGCCUCUAUCCAUGAUCGUUCCCCGCAGGUCUGAAUCCUAUCAGGAGGAUAUUUACCCCAUGACGGCUGGGAAGGAGCCUGCCAUGACAGCCGAGGAGUGGCUGAGCGGGAUGGACAAAGAUCCUGUGUUGAUGUCUUUAAAACCGGGCAGUAAGUUGGAGCCGUAUGCCGACCUAGGGUCAGUAAAGGCCCCCAUUGUGUCUGUUGACAGUCAGCGGAGUGUGAGCCGCCCGGGUCCUCUGCCGUUCAGCCUCAUUCAGCAGCAGCAACAGCAGGAGGAAAGGGAGAGGAGAGAGACCUCCACCAAUGCCCCACCACACGACAGGAGCUCCAACACCAUCACCAAUGGACAGAGAGACUUCACUCACUGCUCUCCGCCCAAAACAGAGAAUGAGUUGCGGCAGAUGUUCUAUAAGCAGCAGGAUGAAAUCCGGAAGCUGCGGGAGCUGCUGAACCAGCGGGAUGUUCGGAUAAAGCAGCUGGAGCUGGAGAUCAAAAACGUGAAGAACGUGCAGAGUUUGCGCUGAGGACACACUCUCACUGAGACGCACCGAAACGCACCACGACCUGUCCAGCACACACACACCUUCUCACUUGACCACACCUAGAUGAGCCGAGUGUGUGAGGCGCACAGGCUGAAACCCCUUAACCCUGAAGCAUUCCUCACUAGACUUUUGUAUGGCUUUGUGCAGAAAAUAGAAUUCAGCACAUUUUAAUGUUUUGUUUUGUUGCUUUCAUUUAGAUUUGUUUUUAUGCCUCAGAGCUAUGCAAUUUUUUUGGCAUGUGAUCCUUUUUGAAUUGUACUUUUUAAUUUCGGGAAAAAAAUUGUGCCUGUCUUACAGUGUAAGAGUGUACAUUCCUGUGUGUGUGUGUGUGUGUGUGUGUGUGUGUGUGUGUGUGUGUGUGUGUGUGUGUGUGUGUGUUGAAUAAUCAUUGGGAAGAAGGGACAUAGAAUAUAUAGCGUAUAGGAUGAUUGCAUAAUACACUGAAUGUUUCACUUUGCAGAUUAAUUUCUUGAUUCAUGCUCCACCCACAACUGUGUUUUGGUUUCUAGCUACUGCUGUUUGACCAAGUUUGGACGAUCUACCAAAAAUACCAUUGAAAAAAAUAUUGUUCAAUGAGAAACUGCAUCUCUUAACUGUGUGUAGAGAGACUCUGCCUGGCUUAACAGCUCAGCUUUCGUCCCGCUUGUCUCUCUGUCACCGAUUCACUUGACUUUACCAGCUUGAGGCUGUACAUUUGUUUUCUGACUUUGCUGUAAUAUUGUUCAGUGUAUGUGGCGGCGUUCAGGAAAAUGUUGCUGGCGAACACCAUAGAGUAUUCCCUGAUUCCCUGAUUCCCAUGAUAAUCCCUGACACCGAACAAAAACGACACCCUAUCCAUCCUGACAGUUUGACUUUUCCUCACAUCAGCAGAUUUGUGCAUUGAGGGCUCGUUAACAUGGUCUACGCCGCUCGUUCUGUGGCGUGGCGGAAGUUACUGUAAAAGAUUUCCGCACGUUUUUCUCAUCCUACUGACGUUCAUGCCGACGUUAUGGCACUAAAGACAGAAUACAUAGAAUCUAGUCCAGCUACAUUCCUGUAGUCAAGCUACUCGGUCACAGAGAGAGAGAGAGAGAGAAAUAAGACCUGAUCUAAGCUUAACGGUAAGACCUUUCACACACAUGCAGCAUAAAUAUCAUUUCAAAUUAAUAACAUGCUCUAAAUCUAAGCGUUGUGAUGAAAACUGAGUUGUGUUCUGGUUUCUCAUCGUCUUGAAUGGGAACGUUUUACCAGGGUUCUGUAAAUCUCGCAUCAGUAUCUAUAAAAGAGCAUGUUUGUGGGCGGAGCCUGAACAGUUUGGUGUGCUAGUUGACCUGCUGUAUGAUGUUAGAGGGAUGUGAUUAAUGUAACGGAACAUAACGAGUUCAACACUGCGUCUGUACUGAGGAAGCGAUCGGAAGCCGUUAAAACGCUGAAACACUGUCUGUGGCUGAAUGAACUGCUGCUGGUGAAAAAGCCAUCUCUCUGUACGGGUAUCGCACAUCGUCCCACAUGCUUUACUUCUUUUAUUUAUACCCUGUUUUGUUUUGUUUUUUAAAGACACUGUAAAAUAGAACAAAAGAAUAUUAAAAUGCCUGAAAUUUAAGGAAAUCAUUGUUAA